GCUUCCAAGCACAGCAUACCAAUCGAGGAGGAGGAGGAGGAGAAAGCAGGUGCGACGAUGAGCGGCGUGAAAGCGGUGGCGCUCAUCGCCGGCGGCGCCGACGUCAGGGGCUCCGUGCAGUUCCUCCAGCAACCCAACGGGGCGACGCACGUGAAAGGGAGGAUCAGCGGGCUCUCGCCGGGCCUCCACGGCUUCCACAUCCACGCCCUCGGCGACACCACCAACGGCUGCAACUCCACCGGACCGCAUUUCAAUCCGCUGAAGAGAAACCACGGAGCUCCCGCUGAUGGCGAGCGUCACGCCGGUGAUUUGGGCAACAUCGUCGCCGGCCCAGAUGGAGUUGCUGAGGUUUCUAUCGUGGAUGUGCAGAUACCCCUAACUGGUCAUCACUCGAUAUUGGGGAGGGCUGUUGUUGUCCACGCCGAUCCUGAUGAUCUUGGCAAAGGUGGGCAUGAACUUAGCAAGACAACUGGGAACGCAGGGGCUAGAGUCGGAUGCGGCAUCAUCGGACUUCAGUCAUCCGUUUAGAAUUUACUGCGUGAACUCGAGCAUACAUCGCACAUAUCUUCCAAAAGCAUGUAUAUAAAAUCAUUAGCCACCUCAAGAACGUGUUGGGCUUAGGGGCUUAGCAAGUUGCUGGCAGGGAGGGUACUCCAAGCUCACAAAGGAGUUAAAUCAGAGAAGCUAAAAGCUUCAUCAUUGUAUCUGAGACAUUAAGUAGGGAUCAUGUAUCAAUGACUUCGAUUGCUUUCACUUGGUAUUUACCAAAGGCUGUUCCCUCUCUAUUUCAUCAGCGUAUUGAGUUGCAGAAACAGAACACUCGAAACCUCAAGAAGAAAUCAAGUUCUGCAGUCGAGCAACAGUAGUAACCUAUUUCUUGCAGCACUGGUAGUGACAGAGGAUUAUCUCAGGUUUCGACAAACCCCUUUUAUACUUGAAGCAUUGCAAAGACAGCAUCACAUUGAAGCCGCCAUCCAGAGGGGCUCUUCUUUGAACUCCUAUUUUUAUUUUUGGUUUUUGGUCAGAGUGAACUCCUAUUUCAACAAGAAGCAUUUUUCUCUUUGGUCAGAGAGGUUAGACAAGGAUUGAGCACCUUUAGAACAAGAAGCAUUUGUUUCAA